AUGUUUUCCUUAUGCCGACGAUACAAAGAUGAAAACGAGCAUGGCGGUACACAAAUCAAAGGCGGCUACAUGCUACGGUACAAACGAAAGUAUUUGUGGAGCACGUGGUCGGAGGAGUGGGUGGUGCUGUACGACGACUCUACUAUGGCUUGGUUCAAGGACGCAUCAGGCAAAUGCAUGGCGACUCAAAAACACCUCGUGAAGGAGUGCCCUGAAAUGCUGGCCAUUUCGACCUGGACUGGGCAAGUGCCACGGCGACCGCCGCUGCCGCCCAACGCGCGACUCUCUCAGCUAAUGGCACUUGGCUCCAGGCGGGAACCUGGUCAUGUUGUUUGGAUGCUUGCUAAAUCGGACGCCGAAAUGAAGGAAUGGAUGGCUGCCAUCUCAAAAACUCUUCCUCCGCCCCCUCACAUCGAGCUGGUGAUGUCAAUGCCCUACCUUCGCACAGCCUUCAAAAGACCAACAGUCAGAGUACGACCAUCCACAUCAUCAGAAAUGUAUGUGCGUUCAUCUCGUAACGCGGUGGGUGCUUUGGACGGCCGAGGACUGGUGGCUGUUAUCAAGAGGCAGGUGCCACUGGCGGGCCAGUUGGAUCACGAGCUGGCGUGGGGUCAGGGCUGGGGGUGGGUGACACUGCCCAAUGGUGUGUGGAGUGGGCGUUUGACUUGGUCGCAAGAAGGCGAGGACUUUGCUCUUCACGCGAUGCCCAUCAUGCAUCACACUAAUGUGUCCCAAGCUUGCUCCAUGCUUGAUGGUGUUACUGCCUACGAAGCUUCGGCCUACGAACAAGCCCUUGCCGAAUACGAUGACACUGCCACUACUUCCGACGACUGGGACUUCGGAGUCGACUGCGGCGAUUUCAUGAUGUGA